CUUGCUCCCGCCCCUCUGCUUACCCCCACCUGCCACGUACUGGGUCCGAGCUGUCGCCAGGCUUAGUGGGUCCGUGCGAUUGGCCGGGGCCGCGCGAGUCUGCGAGCGAGGUGCCGCGGCCUCAGAGGGCAACUGAGUGGGCCGUGACCGCAGCCUCCCCACUGCGCCCGAGGACCUGGAGGUGGCGGCCUGGGCGUCCCUUCGGUUGGUGAGUGGAGACCCACGAAGAGGAGGCAGCGGCGGCUUCGGCAAGCCGUUUCCCUAGAGUUGUAUAUAUAAAACAUCCUGGAGUCCACCAUGAAUGGACAGUUGGACCUGAGUGGGAAGCUAAUCAUCAAAGCUCAACUUGGGGAGGAUAUUCGACGCAUUCCUAUUCAUAAUGAAGAUAUUACUUAUGAUGAAUUAGUGCUAAUGAUGCAACGAGUUUUCAGAGGAAAACUUCUGAGUAAUGAUGAAGUUACAAUAAAGUAUAAAGAUGAAGAUGGAGAUCUUAUAACAAUUUUUGAUAGUUCUGACCUUUCCUUUGCCAUUCAGUGUAGUAGGAUACUAAAGCUGACAUUAUUUGAUGGUGUGGAUGGUAGGGAAGAAAAGCCUGCAUCUUCUGAUUCUUCUGGAAAACAGUCUACUCAGGUUAUGGCAGCAAGUAUGUCAGCUUUUGACCCUUUAAAAAAUCAAGAUGAAAUCAAUAAAAAUGUCAUGUCAGCAUUUGGCUUAACAGAUGACCAGAUUUCAGGGCCACCAAGUGCUCCUGCAGAAGAUCGUUCAGGAACGCCUGACAGCAUUGCCUCCUCCUCUUCUGCUGCUCACCCAGGAGUUCAAACACAGCAGCCACCAUAUACAGGAGCGCAGACACAAGCAGGUCAGAGUGAAGGUCAGAUAUACCAGCAGUACCCACAGCAGGCUGGCUAUGGUGCUCAGCAGCCACAGGCACCACCUCAGCCACCACAGCAGUAUGGUAUUCAGUAUUCAGCAGGCUAUAGUCAGCAGACUGGACCCCAGCCACCUCAGCAAUUCCAAGGAUAUGGCCAGCAACCAGCUUCCCAGGCACCAGCUCCUGCCUUUUCUGGUCAGCCUCAGCAGUUGCCUGCACAACCACCACAGCAGUACCAGGCGAGCAAUUAUCCUCCACAAACUUAUGCUACCCAGACUUCUCAGCCUGCUAAUUAUACUGUGGCACCAGCCUCACAACCUGGAAUGGCUCCAAGCCAACCCGGGGCCUAUCAACCAAGACCAGGUUUUACCCCACCUCCAGGAAGUACCAUGACUCCUCCAAGUGGGCCUAACCCUUUUGCGCGUAACCGUCCUCCCUUUGGUCAGGGCUAUACUCAACCUGGGCCUGGCUAUCGAUAGAGGCUUAGCUACACCAGUGAGUAGCUGCUAGCUCUAUGCCUCCCAAGAGACUCCAAUACUAUUUUAAUUUGUAUUGAAGUUCAAAAAUUUAAAAAGCAGAGCAUUUUUUAUAAUACCAGUGCUGUUAAUUCAAAGUAUAAUUUGCUGGAACUUAAAGACCAAAAUGAAAGAUUUUUUUCCCCUUGCUUAAGUGUAGCAGCUUCCUAGUUAUUUUGAAGCACUACUCUUACAUAUGUGUAAGUGAUUGACUUUCUAGCUUGCCUUGUCCAGAGGAUAUUAAAAUACUAGGUUGAUGUUUAGCCAUCUUAUACUGGGCUUUUUACUGUUAACAAGAUGUACUAAAGUAGAUCCCUUUGAGAAGACAGCUAGAUAAUAUGUAUAAAAUGUAACAUUGAUAGGUUAAUAAAGAUGAUUGAAUCUAUUAGUAGUCUUGUAAUUUUAAUGUAGUCAUUCAUUUACAUGAGAAAAAAGUAAAUCCUUCCUGAUACUUUAAGUUUUUUUUUUUUCUUGAUUUUCAAAGAAAUGCAUUUAAUAGGCAUUGGCUUAAAGUAGAGAUCACAGGUAUUUAGGAAAAACACAAUAUAGUAUUUCACUGAAUAACCUUAUUUUCUUUAUAGAGAGGAACCAUUCAGAAAGGAAGACCAUAAUCUUAAAAAAACUACAUCUCUUUAUUACAGGGUUUAUACUUGUUUGAAAAAUACAAAUAUGUAGCAUUGAUAAAAUUGAAGCCAUGUGGAAGGUAAGCCCAAGAAAGUACCUUUUUAGAUGAGUUAAAGACAGUAAAUAUUGUGGGCUUUUGUGCUCAGUUUCUGCAUAUAACUUGAUUGGCAUAA